AUGCAAAAGUCCCCAGAAGAGCCCCUAGUCUUAGUUCAAGCAGCAGUUCUGACAGUGAUGAAGAUGUUCUUCCAAGCAGUGGUGAUGAUUCCGAUGUUGAUGCAUCUUUGCAAGGGGCAGUUUCUGAGAACAACGAUGCAACUUGUAUUUUUUGUGACCGCCGUUUCUCUGAUGACCGAAAGUGCGAAAUAUGGGUCAAGUGCCAAAGCUGUGCGAUUUGGGCACACAAUGAGUGCUCUGGUGACGAACGAGAAUAUUACAUAUGCGAUUUUUGUAGAUUAA